UCAAGCAAACCUGUAAUUUCUUAAUUAUGUUUCUCAACUCAAUCCGAAAGUUUCAUCCUUCUUCCCGAAAUUUUGAGAAAUCCUUUAAUAAUGUAAUACUACUAGGAAGAACUGGAAAAAAUGUAGAAAUAAGAGGGCCACCUGAAAAACCAUUUGCAGUUUUUUCGUUAUGUACGCAAUCACGCUUUAAAAACCCUGAAGGAAUAUGGGAUCAAAAAUCCCAAUGGCAUCGAAUAUAUGCUUUUAAACCAUUUCUCAAAGAUAUUUUAGAAAAAUAUUAUAAAAAAGGACAAAGAAUGCAUAUUCAAGGUUAUUUAAGUUAUAAAGAUAUAGUGGAUACUAAUGGAAAUACAAUUACCCUUACAUCCAUUAUUGCAGAUGAUAUAAUAUUAAUUUCUGAUACUCAAUCUUCCCGUUCUUCUGAACAAAUUUUGGAUGAUGAAUUAAUUGAAGAAAAGAAAUUAGAAGAGUUAUAAAUAUUUUGAUGAUGAAUAAUUGUGUUAAUAUGUAAAAUAUAUAUCUCAAAUUUGUAUGAUAUUAAUCAUUG